AUGGAUCCUGCUUAUCAGAACAGGAAGAUCGUCAACCUGAGCGACAAAGAGCUCAGAACCCUCAACUUCUUGGGCCAAAACGUUGCUCCGGGUGUCAGAGCCAUUGUCGACAAAGUGAAGGCUGACCCCGUGAACCUUGGCUCCAUGACCUGCUUCAUGGUCGACUGUCUCAAUCGCAGGUACUCAGCCCAGCCUCCCCCACAAGACGCUGUGGCAUCUUCCACCUCUCCCACCUUUCCCACCUCUCCAACCAUCAGCGAGGCCGAUACCAUCUUCUCGCAGCUCAGUAACGACUCAGACGCCCUCACAGUCAUUGCCCCCGCACUGAUCUCCAAGUUCGAGAUGAAGUACUGGUAUCACGGCAUCUCCGGCAACCCUCCCGAACUCAUGUGGCGUUCCGAUCUCGAGACCAACCCCUUCCCCAUCCCUGCGCUUGGAGCUCGCUUCUUCAAAAUCCCCCAAAAGACUGCCCAUGGUGUCUUCAAUACGCCGCUCAACGCUGACCGUGGCCUUAAGUACUCUGCGCUGAAGACAGCACGCUUCUCGACCGUCGAGGACGGCAAGGAAACUUUUGGCCCAGUCGUGGUGUGGAUCGCUGUUCGUCCCAACACCACCAAUGCCGAGGCUGUUUGUGAUGCCACACCCGACAUCCUUCAAAUCCUCGCUGACUUCCAGAUCACCGAUGUCGUUGUCGAGUGGUACGAAGGGGAGUCCGACGAUGCGCAGGGCACCCUCACGUUCCUGUUCCGGGAGGUGAAGACCAGCAAUGGCGACCCCAGCGAUAGGAUCCUUGCCCUCACCAACAAACACGUCGCCUCCGUCGACACGACCACCCAUUACGAGUUUGACGGGGCCAACCCUCAGCAUAUCCUUGUCUGUGGUGAAUGCCGUCUCACUCGUGCCGUCGUCGAGAUUGAAGACACCCUCAACACAGGGCUUCACGAUGCCGUUAGACUUGCCGGAGAAUUGGCAGACUUGGGGUUGAAGCCGGCCAGGAAGAACAGCACGGCCCUGGGACGCAAGCAGAUCGCCUUGGAUGCCAAGAACGAAGACAACGCCACUCUCCAGAUGCUCUUUGCCGAAGUCCAAGCCCAGUGGCAGGAUAUCAACGGCCGCAGGUUCGGUGAUGUCGACUGGGCUCCCGAGAUCUCCGUCAGGGUUGACGACCGUCACUACACUCGCGACAUUGCCACAUUCACUGUCGAUGAGGCAAAGCUCGAGAAUUUUGAGCGUAACAUUGUUGACCUGGGAAACCAAUACAGCGCCGGUGAGCUCGAGGAUCUCUUCUGGCCCAUCGCUGCCGUUCGAGAGGGCAGGACCAUCCCAGCCGACCUCCAGCUCCCCAUUCAUCGCACUCUGCCUCGCCGCCUUGUCAACAAUCCCGACACGGAGGACAAGAAUGGCGAGCCUCUUUAUAUUGUCGCCAAGUACAGCAACACGACUAAGCUCACAUUGGGCCGCUAUUCCGGCAUGGAGGCCUAUACCUGCACCGACCUCGGACUCGAGUCCAGGGAAGUGGUCAUCUAUAACUAUAGCAAGAAAUCUGGCGACUUUUCAGAUCAUGGCGAUUCGGGAUCUCUCAUCUUCAUGGGUUCUGGUGACGGGCUCGCCAUCCUGUACUCAGGAAUGCCUCGAGGUAUGAAUAAUCACGUCACCUAUGGUACGCCCCUCUGGUGGGUCAUGAAGCAGAUCCUCGACAAGUACUGGAUCGUCGACUUCUCUCUCAGAGCUCUUUCUUUUAAGCCUUUCGCCAUGUAA